GAUGUCGUCAGUUCGUACGGCAUAAAUAUCUCUUACAAGUGAAAAGAAUCGUCAAUCCAUGUGACCUGGUCGUGAUGUCGAUGCCAGCAGCAAGAAUCGUUGUGAUCACCACCGUCGCAGCGUUCGCCACGGCUCCGGCCGCAGCAGCGCUGUUCCUGAUCUGGAAGCGCAACCAGCUCAGCAAACGAGUGGCCGUCGCGACGAAUGUCGACACCAGCGUCCCUCCUGUGGACGAGGUCAGGUCGAUACCGCAGAAGCUGCGGGACGAGCCGACGGCCUACGUUCUGAGCGUCGAGCGCGCGUCCAAGGCGGUUCCACGCGCUCGGCUGCUGGACGGUGACCUCGACGGCGUGCUGGUCCGGUACUUGAGCGCCAACAUGGUCUCCUUUACGCGCACGCCGCAGGCCCCGCUGAUCAAGUCGAUGUGCGGCGACGAAGGCGCGAAGAAGACGUUCGAAAGCGGAUACCUGGAGCGGCUGCGGUUCGAGGUCGGCGACGUGGUCACAGGCGUCUACAAGGUCGUCGCGCGCGAGAACGGCCGGAUCGAGAUGGCGCUCGAUCCGCCGGCGGGGUGGACCGGUCCGAAGAGCGAGGGGAUGAUCGUCGCCCGCGUCGAGCAGCGGGGCGACGACGUGGUGUUCUCGAACGAGACGAUCAUGUGGAGGAAGCGAGACGGCGGAAAGAAGGAGAUCAUCGAGACGAAACUUUCGAGUUGGCUCCACGAGUUGAUGGUCAUGUGGCUCGUGGAUUCGGGAACCAAGGCGGUUUCUCGAUCGUGAGCCGCCACGGAGCAUUUGGCGACACCGAAGACGUGCCAUCGAAAGCCCAUCGAGCUUCGUGGUUGGCGUCUGAAAGCGCAGCAUAGACGCGAACGUCUGUGAAGAUUCAUGCAGCGUGUGCCCGCAAGGGGAUCUUCGUGGGAUCACUACGCCACAGACUAGAGAUAUUUACGCUCAUAAACAUGCUCUGCUCAGAAACAAUGUUCCAGCGGGAUUAGCCCGCUCUCUCUGUAGAUAACACAAUCAACGCCCGUCCAACUCUUCCGAAAC